UCCUCCGCCCACAACCUGGGCGUCAGUUCAUUCUGUCGCGAUCCCUUCAUCCGCACAAAACAAAACAUUGCUCGUUGACAACAGUACUCAUGUCAUCUAGUUCUAAUAAAAGGAUUUAUAUUUUUUGUGUAUCGUAGGUUACUAUAAACAUGCAUUCCGGGACUUUGGAAAGAAUCGGGUCGCCGAUAAAAAGGACGCUUUCUCGGGGAGUGAGUGAGGACGAGUCACUUCGCAACAUUAUCAAAGAGACGGAGAGUUCGGCCAGGCGUUUGACACGCAGUGAGAGCAGAGGGGGGACCCUCAAGAGGAGAAGUGGGAGUCAGCAGUCUGAGGAUCAGGAACUAAUGAUGGAACUCCCUGAGAUGCUUGAUCUGCAGGCGAGCUACGACGAUGUGUUGCGAGAGCUCCGUGGGCUGGAGCUGCAGCGGGAGACUGUGUUGUUCCAGGUGGACGUUCUGCAUGACGCCCUGGAGGGGGCCGAGGAGAUGCUGGCCGAGGCUCAGAGAGAGGCCAGCCAUGCCACCAUGGAGUUAGAGCAAGAGAGAGAAGCCAAGAGGAAGUUGGAGGACAUGGUCAGCUCUCUGAUGCAGGAGGUGGAGAGGCUAAAAGAGGAGAGGAAGACCAUUCCAGCAGUACCAGUGUACACACUCGUCAAGGAGCAGGAGAUGGAGGAGGAGAUGGCUAGACAACAAGCACAAGAGAUGAAAAUAAAAAAAGAAGCACAUGAACAAGUCAGUGAUACACCAGGGGAUGAGGACAAUUCUACCAAAGAUGCGCCUCUCUCUAUUAUCAGAUUGGACAGUGAGAGCCCCGGGCCCAACAACAGACUAACAUUGGAGACCAGCGCUGGAGGGCUGCUCGCCGCCUCCUUCAAAAAGGAGAGGGAGGAGCAGCCCUAUGACAGUCCAAACCGGCCCCUUCCUCUCCACGUCGCCCGGCUCUGGUCCUCUGUGGACUCUGAGGACAUAGAAGAAGGGGCAGAGGACAGCUUCACCAAGUUCACUAAGAUGGUCAACAAGACCUUGGGACCGUUGAUGCUGGGUAGCCAGACCCCAGGCAUCAGUCAGGAGGAGAACAGGCGUGACAUCUUUCCAGGUAGGAACAACGACACCGACAGCAUCAGCGCCUACGAGGAUGCCUGCGCUGACACGCCCGAGCUGGAUGAGGGAGAUGGGCCAAGGCUGCCCCAUGAUGAAGGAUCCCCGGUGGAUGAUGAUGAGGGAGAGCCGUUGAAUGGCAACGAUCCCAAGAACCCCAAAAACACCAAUGAUUCUUGCAUUCUGUCGUAAGAGCUGCAGAACUGUUGUGGUACGAAAGGUCAAAUGUGCUCUCACUCUGUCUGCCCUCUUGAUAAUAUAAGAUAUGCAAUUUAGCUUUUAUUCAAAGCAACUUUGUCAUGCGUGCAUACCUUUUUUUACAUCUUGAAAAAGGGUUUAAAAAAAUCUGUUCUUGGAUCAGUGCGCUCAUUGACACAUUUUUAUUUAUAUAUAUAUAUAUACAUUUUUUUUUAAAUGUACCUUUACUUAUACAGGUUUUUCUCAUUGAGAUAACAUCUCUUUUCCAAGAGAGACCUGGUCCAAUAGCAUCAAGGGGGAACAACGUUUCAGACAAAACAACAUUAAACAAAACUGUAUAAACACAUACAGUACAACAAAAAUAUUUUACAUUAAAAACACAAAGGUCUUGACUAAAAACAACUGGCCUAAAGACAAUUACACUCUUCUAUGAUAUAUACAUCAAUCAAGUGUUUAUAAAAGGGUAAUGUCAACAUUGAGAGUUGUCUUAGUGCAAUCCGGCACGGUGGAAUUCCAGUAAUGUCUACAGAUGUCUCUUUAGUCAAUCUUUCUCCAUCGGCAUGACUUGCAAGGUCGCACUUAAGUGUUUAGUUUUCCUGUCGUUUGGCACAAAAUGCAAAUUACCUCCCUCUGUUUAUUAGUGACUGAUGAUUACUUAAGACUGUUUGCAUACACUGAACUGUCAGAUAUGUUUCGGGACACACCACAGACCUCUAGCAUUUUAAACAGUCAAAUUAUGUGAUUUAUAGAUCACAUACUGAUAGUGCUGAGCGAUUAACAAAAAUGUUUAAGGUUCAAUUAAUUGAAUUCCAUUUAAUUAUGUUUUUUUUUUCCUAUGAGCUCAAUGCGAAGUUUCUCUAGAGAUAAAUCCGAUCAAGCUGAACUGUGCGAUGCAGUAGGGAGUUGUAGUUUCCAACAGGCCAAUAUACUACUUAGUUUUGCGCAGAACAUGUGAUUAAGAGUGAUAGAGCAGUUGUUUUCACGAGGUAUCUCUAUCUGAAAAUGCAUGAUCUAAGCGAUUGAUAGUUUGUAUUCAGCAGUCAUAAAAAUAUGCCUUAUUUACUUUGAAAAACUACUAAAAUAGUGAUUUUGUUAGACUGCAUAUACAGCAGCUCUAUAGAGAUGAGAUGAUGACAUGGAAUUAAAUAAUAAUCAUCUUGUAAAAUACACAACGGAAAUAGUUUAUGAAAGUCAUGUGAAUAAAUUAUGGAUAAGCAGUAAUGGGCAAUCACUACCAUCAUGGGACUUUAUUCAUAGUUUUUUUUCUGUGUUACAGAAUUCAACAUACACAGUGCAUUUAAUGUCUAAAGAAAUUAUCUAAACCAAAAUCGAAAACCGUGAUUAUUUUAAAAAUAAUUGAACCAAAACCAAACCGACCUCAAAAAGCACUAAUUGCUCAGCUCUACAUACUUUAGAGUUGUAAGACGAAUAUAGCUGUUUUUGUGAUCUUAUAAGAUCAGAUGCUGGCAAGAUUGUAAUCACAAUAGCAGGCAGCCAAGGAGCUAGCUACUAUACUACAGGAAAUGUUUUUAGGGAAUUUAUGGGUGUUAAACCAUCAUUGUCUCAUGUCGACAGUUAUUUUAUCUAAGAAGUACUUGGUGCCUUUCCUGCCUCACCUUAAGGCAUUUUAUAAAUAUGAAAGAUGAACUUGAAAAAUUUAAUAUAAAUUUACUGAAUCUAAUCUAGCUUUAGUUAUUAUCAGACAUCCCUCAUUUGAAGUUAGUAUGAUACUAGCAUGAUUGACAAAGGGAACAAUCCAUUUAAUUGUAAAACUUUAAUGAUUCCUGAUAAUAUUUUCUCCUGACACAUACAGUAACAGUACUGUAUGCUACUCAGUGCUUUUAAGGUCAUGCUUGCAUGGUUGCAGUGAAACUACUGAAUUGGGAGAAACUUGUUAUCUUUUUGUAUCUGACAUUGCUGGACAAUAUAUCCUUUGUUUUUAUAAAUUUUCUACCCCUAACCAUUAACACAA